AGAAUGGAUAAACUUUGUGAUGAUCUUAUCAACAUGCUUAGGGCCGGAUCCAUGAAAGAAAAAGAACUUUUAGAUGCUAAAGAGCAAACCUCUAAUUCUAAACUUCAUGUAAGUACGAAACAAAAAAUUGUUUCACCUUCUGAAAAUUUAGAUGAUCAAUUAGAAAGAUCUAAUUCUGUUUCUAGUAAUUCCAUGACUGUUUUAACACACUUGUCUAGUGCCCAAAAGGUUGAAAAUAUUUCAGGUACUAACAUGGAAAUCAAGGAACAAGAACUCGACCUUGCUGCGAAAGCAAGUCCAACACUUGAUAAGAAAGUUGAUGAAGCUAGUCAUAGUUUUACACAUUCUGUUUUCACUGAUUCUACUUCAAGUAUAAUGCACUUGAUGUUUUCUUUAAGUGACAAGGAAGAAACAGGAACACUAGGAGUAAACAAGGAUCAAGAACAACUUAAAGAAGAUGUGGUAAAAAUUGCUACAACUUCAGAUCAAACCAAUGUAAGUGAUCACUUGAUUCAAUCUGUUUAUCAUGACUCAAAGGACGUGAUAACACACUUGAUAUGCCCAGAAGAGCUUGGCAAAGGAGUCGUCAAUGGAGAAACCAAGAGUGAAAUAGGAUAUUUCACAAAGGAGACCACGUUCCUGCCAAGGGAAAGCAUAGAACGACCAUGGAGAGGGGUCAUAGCUUCCCUACUGAUCAAAGAAGAACCACCAGAUGAACAAUGCAUUAUAAAACCGUCCAUAUACCAAGGUAAAUUGGUUUUGAGGACAAAACCUUUUGAAGAGAGAGGGAAUGAUGAGGACCUCAAGUCAUCAUCAGAAAAAAAGAAAGGAACCAGGAGUAAAUCAGUGAAGAACAUGAAGAUGAGGAAAACUAAAGAAGCCAACCAGGACAUAGGUGCAUUCAAAGAAGGAUAUCCUUGCAACCAUGAGGAAUUCGACCGUGAAACAACUUGCUAUAGAUUUUCAACUCAACCAGAGCACGCGGAGAAUUGGUUUCAUACCAAAAGGAGUAAUUCUUUAGGAGAUAUACCAUUUACAAGUCAGGCGACCUAUACUGCAUCCGAACUGGUUCUAUUUAAGGAAAGUAAUUAUUUGCUUAAAGAAUGUGCAACUCAAACUCACGUGUGGAAGCCAGGAGAUCAGUCAUUACAUCUAAGACCACUUGGAGAGUUCAUACCAUGCACUAAACCUCACUGGAUCAACCAGAUUCUUCACCAUCUCAACUUGCCAUUUUUGGAGCCAAUUUGCUUUAAAUCCUAACGGCUAGUUUUCUACACUCUUGGCUGUGAUUUGGCGAUUUGUUUCAUCAACCAGAAGCUCCCCAAGGCUCCUAGAAUCUUCCCAAAGUUGUCAAGAUUCAAGCAGCUUCACACAUUUCCCAUUUUGGCUCAGAUUCUCUCAUUAAGGCCUAACGGCUAGAUUUCUUAAUUUCAGUAUGUUUUCUCAUUUUUCUUUAGCUUUCUAAAUCAUUGUACUGAGCCUAGAUAAGCUCAUUAGUUAUAUCAUUGUAAGGCAAGAAUC